GCUAUUGUACACAAGGUAGAAGAGGCCCCAGCGACAAAGUUCCGAUACCCGACUCGAGCCAGGGAACCUCGAUCACGAAAGUAACUGAGGCUAAACCAUAUUUAGCGCACUCUAACGCAUAGAAUGGUGUCCGAUGCCUCAAGAAAGACAAUUCUUUGGCCGAUUUCAUCGCACAGGCUGGUGCUGGUCCAAGGUAACUAUCAGAUACGUAGAUUGCUUCAAUCUUAGCACUUAUGUAUUUGUCAGGAUGCCCGUAGACUCCAAUUCCCCCGACCCCGACCCCGACCCCGACCCCGACCCCGACCCCGACCCCGACCCCGACCCCGACCCCGACCCCGACCCCGACCCCGACCCCGACCCCGACCCCGACCCCGACCCCGACCCCGACCCCGACCCCGACCCGGUCACCGGUCCUGGAGGUUGUGCGCACGCCAGCAUCCGCAGUACCUUUGGUCCAACGUUUGUUACGACUCUGGCACUCAGAUCAUACUCAGACUUCAGUCGCCACUUCUACACCAGCCUCCUCUCGUGCUCGGCAUUUUAACACUGUACAUUGCGUCCCCUGUCACUUGACGCCCUUAGGGGCACGCUCCAUGGAUCGCAUGGCGGUCCGCUAGUGGUGGCC